AUGCCUAAGAAACGUCCCCCAGGUCCGGCGUUUCGUCUUCUUAUAGAUCCCAUGGACAUUACUCAGAGAAAAUUGGUGUCUCCUCGAGCAAUUAUUCGAUUCUGUAUUGACGAGAGACAUUAUGCCGGCUCACAUAUAGACUUCAAGCUUUAUCGGAAACCUUUGACAGACUUUUCUGGAUGGGCGAGGCAUAUGCUGGGACAUAGUCAUGUGAGAGCCAUGUUGGAUCGUGCGCAGUGUGUUCCUACUCAUACUUUCAUAUGUAAAUGGGGAGAAUUCACCAUUACUCUAGAGGAUGUGGUUGCUUUAAUGAACCUUCCAGUCACGGGUAAUUUCCCAGAAGCACUUUCGACAAACGAGAAGGCGAUAUAUGAGAUCUUGACAUCUAAGAUGCAUGACAUUAACAAAUCAUCCAGCAAAACUUGUUAUGCCCAAGAUGUGUUUGAAGAUAGUGGAAAUUUGCUGAAACCAUUCAUGAUCCCUUUUGCCAUCAAGAUGGCUCAGGGUGAGAAAAUUCUCGUUGGUAGUCUGUUUCUGGGUUCCCUAUUCUCCAACUUAGAUUCCUUGGUUGUGGAUUCCAGCAUUUCCAAUGGUUUUAUGAAAAUUGAGACAUAUGCCAACACAAUGUUUCUCCAAGCUCUGUUGUGGGAGCGUUUUGAAAAAUACGCCCCGAUUCCACGUAGCAUCUUGCAAGGACCGAAUGCUGACAUCCGUUAUAUUAUUUCUGAGAGGGAUAAUGCUAGGAUUAUGCGCUGGUCUACCAAAAAGCCUCGGAAAAAUAUACGCCUCACCAGUGUCUUAGACGAAGAGUCUGAGUUUAACUUUAGUCCCUGGGUGUCGGUUCCUCUGUUCAUCUCACAUAUGAUCACCUAUAACAAUAAUGAAGCGAGUGUCAUUCUGGAGUCUGGUGCAAACCUAAGUGAUGGUGAGAGAUCCUUCAUACUGAGUUGUACCCCUGGUUACUUAGUAUCAGUAAUGCACGGGGAAUAUCUGGUGGAAGAAUAUAAUAUUGACAGAGUAGCUCGACAGAUGGGUCUUGAUCAGUGUGUUCCGGAUGUUCGAAAAGAAAAACCAUCAGUCGAUCAACUUAAAGCUUCUUUGGACUGUACACAUCUGAAUGGGCGUGAAUAUAUGUACCCUUGUCCUACCCGGGUCGUCUAUCUGACUCCGGGCUAUGUGACUUCUGGAGGCUGCAACUUGAUCGUUUGUUUGAUUUCAUAA